UUGAUGGAUUAAUGGGAUUGAUUGAAUCGGUUUUGAUGUUGCGUACGUCCUGCUCCUUGCAGAGCGCUGGGUGUGUUUCUUCUCCGUAUAAAUAGACGGCCUUGGCAGCCUCUCUCUGGCCCUAUUUUUGACAGGCAGAAGAGAGUAGCAUGGCGCUGCAGUCCCAGCAGCAUCCCUCCAAUUGUUCCUUCCUGAUGGAGCUCCGCAGCGGUGCUGCUGCGGUGGAUGAGCUUCGGAUGAUGCAGGAGCUGCGCCAACUGCUCGACGACGCUGCCGUCGACCUCAGCGACCCCCAGAGCGAGCUCACCUGUAACGCCUCGGCCAUGAGGACGAAGCGGCCGCGAGAGGAGGCAACGGCGGAUGACCAUCUCGACUGUAACCAAUUCUUCGGCUUCGUGUCGCCGGUGGCUCCGUUCUGUGAUCCCAGUUCGCUCUCUGCCGUUGUCGGUGCUGGCUGUGAGCAGAGCCACCGCUUGGGCGAGUGUGAGUAUCCCUCCACCAGCGGUCGUCCUGAUGCAUUUCCUCUCUCCCGGGACCUCGCCUUCCUCCUCUGCCAGCAAAAUAUCGAGAUCGACGCCCUUCUCCGCCUCCAGACGGAGAGAAUGAGGAGUGGAUUGGAGGAGACGCGGAGGAGGCACCUCAAGGCCCUGGUUUGGGGUGUCGAGCAGAGGGCGGCGAAGCGCCUCCGAGAGAAGGAAGUCGAGCUAGAGAAGGCGCGGCAGCAGAACGCGGAGCUGGAGGAGCGGGUGCGGCAGGCGAGUGCGGAGACCCAGAUGUGGUUCACCGUGGCCAAGAACAACGAGACCGUCGCCGCCAGCAUCCGCGCCAGCCUCGACCAGGCCCUGCUCCAGAUCGCAGCCGCCGCGCAGGUGAAGGAAGGCUACGGUGACACCGAGGACGACGACGCACAGUCUACCUACUCACCGAGACCCGCCGCAGCCAAAUCCAACCGCGCGGCAUCUCCGGACGCAUCCCGCAGGUGCAUCUCGUGCCGCCGGCAGCAGGCAUCCGUUCUGCUGCUCCCCUGCAGUCACCUCUGCCUCUGCCGCGACUGCUCACCCAAGGUCGGCGCGUGCCCCGUGUGCGGCGCCGGCAAGAACGCCUCAAUUCACGUAUCCACGCCGUGAAAAAAGCACCAUCACAUCUCUCUUUCUUUCUCAAAAUCUCGGUUAAUCAUCUCUGCGACGCGGUCUCGUUCAUUGUAAGGCUCCUCCUCCCAUCAAUGGACAUAUCGUUCAUUAAUUCCUUAUUCAAUUCCUUAAUCAAAAAGCAUGAACUGUUGGCA